ACUUAAGUAUAAAUUAAAGCACACAAAAAUAUGUUUUAUAUAUGUAAUUAGCACGACGGGUAGUUGAUGCACUGAUCACAAGCAAGAGCCACUUUCAGUUAAACAAAAAUUCAGUUAAACAAAAAUUCAAUUUUAUGCCAUUUAUUACAGAGUAAACAAGUUUACAAUAAAUCAAUUUGAUAUUUAAAGGAAUCCUAAUUCAAUGUGUAGUAUGGUUGUCACUCUUUAAAUAGAUUAGAUAUAGGUUGACGGGGCAAAGGAGUGUUCGUGCUGUUCGCUAUUGCUCACACCAAACGGCAACCUAGUAAAAUUUUUGUAUGGACACCGGUCUCCAUCACGAUACAAAAUUAGGAUUGUAGAAUUUAUUGUAUAACUUUUAGUGCAGUGGAGGAAGCGGUGUGGUGCAUUAAUAGAGUGACAGCCUACUGAUUUAGAGUUGUUUUUACGUGAGCAUAAUGGGUAUAUUUUUGGACCUAAAGGCUUUACUAUGGCAACUUUAAAAUUGGUUCUUUUAAUCGUUUAUUAAAUAUCACUUAAAAAUAUAUAAAUCUGGAAUCUGUUCACACUGUGAACCAGUCCUAUAAAAAUAAAAUAAAAACCUCUUAAAUCAAAUAUUUAAAACGUCUCAAUAAUGGAAAUAGUCAUACAAUUAAGAAAUUUACCAAAUUCUUAAUAUUUACCUUAAGAGAAAAAUACCUACCUAAGUCAAUGUCUACCUGUAAUACACUAAAUAUUAGGUUAAAUACAUAGGUGGUGGAGUCAGCACACAUUUACCAAAAUCAAAAAUUUUUUAAUAGGAGGAACCUGUGGGCCGAGAAGUGAGAACACUGGAUUACAUUUGUUGAAGGGGAUUGUUUUCAAAUGACAGCUGCAUUAUGUCAUAAUCGCUUGAAGUCCAUGCUGAAUCAUUAUAAGCAUGUUGCAGCUUUAGAAGUGCCUUUUUCAGGCGACUUUUAGCAAGGCUAAUCUUGUAGGAGUAGUCAAAAAGCUUAAGUUUAGGUGCAAUUGUGCUCCAGAUUUUUGUGGAUCUUGAUAUGAAGUCAUUAGAUGGGAGUUGUGAAAUGAGAGUGGUGAAAUGAGAGUUUUAAUACUUUCAAUGAGAGUUUUAAUACUUUCAACACUACUAUAUAACAAAUAAUUUGAGUUGCAGGAUGUAAAAAGGGAAAUGCUUAACGUGCCUGUGUUGCUGCUGACCAGCAAUGUGGGCUCCAUGUUUGAGGAGGGUCAUGAGAUGAUCGAAGCAUGGCUAGCCUCCAUAACAUCAGUGGUCAGCAAGUACAAGCCGAAGAUAGUCUGUAUUCACUGUCAGGAGGUUGGGGGCAAGGACUUUAACGUCUCCCAUCCUCUCUUGGAGUCUUUCGUCGAGAAGUUUCUGGCGCUGAAAGUAUUGGAGAACUUUGACAGAGGGAGAAUACAUCUGGACAAUGAUAGUGAUGAUAUAUCUCUCUUCACGGCACUGGGAACAUUGUACAUGUUCCACAAUUCUCUACCAACGAUACAUAGUUGGGAUUUUGUUGACCGAGCAUAUAGCCCUGUUACUGACCGACAAGUGUUUUUUCAAGAUUUUAGAGAGAGUACCUGCUUACUGAGGAUAAAAUAUCCUAAGUCCUACUUUCCUGAGGAACGAUACUCCAGGAAAGGAUACUUACAUAGCCGAUAUCUCAUUGGAAGCAAACCGAUCGAUCUAUUGAACAUCCACUUAUUUCACGAUGCAAGCAAUUUCACCGCCAAAGAUUCUCCUGAAUUUUACUCUGAAAAGCGGCGGAAUGCUUUAAAAUAUGUUCUCAACAAGCUGAAGACGGACUAUCCUGACCUGCACAAGAACCCCAUGUAUAUGUUCGGGGACUUCAACUUUAGGCUCAAUACGAAGGAUGUUAUUGAGUAUUUAUGCGGCGGAACCACGCAAUCGCAAACGUUCACUGACAGCGGCGAUCUCAAAACUAUAGAUUUCCUCAGAGCCAUGGAUCGGCAAACCAUUCUGAAGCUUGAGGUCAAAAAGUUUGAUUACUACGAUAUGGGACGAUUUACCAUGAAGGCAGCUAAAGAGUUCCGAAAGUUUGACCACGAGUACCACACAUUUGUGGGGGAUCUGCACGAGCUGCCGGUCCGUUUCCCUCCCAGCUACCCUUACAGUGAGGACCUAUCUUGUGGAAACCAGUUCCUGGGAACACGAUGUCCCUCGUGGUGUGACCGAAUAUUUGCGUCCCCAGCUGGGAUGAAGGCGGUUAAAGACUCGCCUGUUGAGCCGGUUUACAACAGUUUGUCACCGGAUGGGUGUGUGGGGGACCACAAGCCUGUAUUCCUGGUCUUUACUCUCAGGAUCAAUGAGGAAGAACCCCAGAACGGCACAUCCUCAUCAAUCUUAGACGAUUUACAGAACUCCUUUCAACAAGUGCACCAGAACAUAGACAGUGCCAUGAGUGAAACCAGUGCCAUGGAAAAUUAGCACUUACAAAGCAUGGUUUCCUGGGUUGCAGGCCUGACCAAGCCUAGGCCUGGGAUCUUGGAAUUUUUAAUGUUUGCGACUGCACCCAUUAUAAUGCUCUAAUGACGGUCGUAUCUAUAAUAUAUUUCACAAAUAACUGUUGAUGAAGUUAAAAGUGAGAAUAUUUUCGAUUUUUAAGGGAAAUUAAGUUCGGAUUUGUCUAUUUUUAUACUGAUUGUAGAAAAACGUCUGACAGCUGUUUAUUUGAAGUAAGGUUUCUAAAUAUGAUAAGUUAGAAUUGCCCACCCCUCUCCGGAUAUAUUAAAAUAAGUUAAUUAACUGUUCAUGUUCCUCGGGUAUGCAUCUCGAUUAUGUGGCAACGUUUAGCACAAAUAUGUGGGAAUCAUUUUAAUGUGGGCAAUCGAUUUAUUUUAAACAGGGUCCGACUCCAACUAGAUAACAGCAAUGGGGGUGGUGAAAGAGAUAAUUCUGCAGUUUUUUUUCGACAUUUUUGGCAAUAAAUACAAAAAUUAAGUAGCCAUAUUUGCCGUUUAGGGUUCAUUCACAUAUUACGUAAUCACUGAGAGGGAAGGAGGGGGCGUAUUUUAAAAUAAUAAUUAUGUGUAAAAAUCGGUCAAAACGAAAAAACGAUUACGUAAUAUGUGAACGACCCCUAAAGGUGAAAAUGUAUAUAGAUAUGACAAAAUUUAGCAAUCUUUUCGCCAUUCGUGGCGAAAAUGACGAGAUAUAUCUCCGCCAUCAAUGGCAAAAUGACGCGACCCCCAGCAAUGUUGGAAUACAAACCUUGACCUUGGUGCUUUAUCGGAACGAGAAUUAUGUUGUACGUUUGUACUAUAGCACAGUCUAAAAGUGCGUUAAUAUUGAGCAUCUAAGGCUGAGGGAGUCGGACAAAUUUUAUCUUAAUACUGUCGUAUUGGAAAGUAUUUGGACAAUUCGUUCUGAACGCCUUUAUGUGGCAUACUGUGUCAAUUUUUGUGAUCGUCACUUGUUCGCUUCAAACGGGGUUAUCAUUCACGUCACGUGUUUUUUGAUCUGCAUUUGUUUUAGCUUUAGCUGACUGAGGUAUCACUGAAAAUUUAAUUUUUAUUGCUUAUACGUUCACUGCGUUAAGAUAUUAUAUCUGUUUGAAAAAUUUCAUGAUUAACGCCAAUAAACCAAAAAGAUGAUUUGGUCAAGGGAUUUGAAGUUUAUUAGCAGAUACUCUUAUUGCUAAAAGUAUUCAUUUAAUCGAUUUAAAAAUGAAAUUGUCUAUUGUUAAUUUCUGUCCCAUGGGAAUUUAUGGUCUAAAUUAUUGAUCUGAAACUUAAAGGUCUUUGUUAUUACCUGAGCUUUCGCAAUCAAUAACAUCGAUAUGAUGUAUUGACCUUUUCUUAUACUGAGUGCAAAAUUAGUCGGAUACGAUUUGAAACAUAUUACAUAGUUGAUAUAUUAUAUUGGAGGUUUUCAAACGACGUUAAUAGACAGUAUAAAUUUAUAUAGUUGUAUAAUUAUAAUUAUAUAAUUAUGCGAUUAAAGUUGUAUAAUUAUAAUUAUGUAAUUAUAACAAUUGUAGUUUUAUUCGAGUAUUCUGAGGUUUUAUCUAGUCUGAGUAGUGAGAUUUGAUAGUAAGUGUUGUAAUAGUUAUUGUAUUUGUAUUAUAGAAACUGAAGUCUUCAUAUAUUAUGCAACUCUGAUGAUGCCAGAUGAGCGCAGCGUUUCUUUCCAAAUAUGGUCAUGCGGCAUGCCUGAUACCAAAUAUGGUCCCGCUUGCUACCAUAUAUGGUUAUCUUUGAGUAUAACUCUUUUUGUUGCCUUGGCAUCAGUGUUGUAGCACAGGAGUCAAACCGUUUAUCUUUAAGCACAAUAUGAUACAUUCUCUCAAAAAUUUCAAAAUGUCUAUCCACUUGAAAAUCCGUGAUUUUGAAUCUUACUACUACACUACACAUCAAGAAAACAUUUCAUUCGGUAAUGUUUUUGGAAACCCUAGAUAGCUAACAUCUUAGUAUAAAACUUGGACUGUGCCCGCCAGCAUUGCAGUUGGUACUUUCUUGAAGCGCUAUUAAAACAAUGAAACUAUAUUUAUCAAAACGUUGACCCUGUGCCCGCAAUUUUCUGUUAUUAAUUAUACUAUUUGUGUUGUUAACAUUUGAGAGUUAUAUGAAAUUUUGGACUACUUUUUUGUAUAUUUGAUUUGUGUGAACAACGAUAUUUAAGUAACUAUGUUAUAACUAUGUCGCAUCAUGUAAAUUGUUUAAAAUAUCUUGCGUUCAUUAGUAUGUUAUCAACUGGCUUCGUUUAGGUUAUCACCUUAAUAGGCAUUAACUUUUGCCUUAGAUUCCAUCCAUUUCAAUAUCUUUUUAAGUUAAUUGUGGAAUAUUUGAAUGAAAUUUGAUCCAGAAUUUAUGUUAAAAGUCACAAAGUUUACGAGAAAACGAUCCGAAUUCGUUAAUUUGUGUAUAUCAUGUGAAAAUUUUAAUUGGAUGAUCCACAAUAAUUAUUCUCUGGCUCAAAAUUAAAUUUAUCUUAAUCUCUUGAAAGCGAAUUGGUCAACUCUUCAGGUUUUAUUAUAGAAUAUUCUAGCAAAUAUUUAGUAAUAUGAGGAAUUAUAUUUAGAUUACCACUCAUUAUAGCAAGUGAGUUUAUUGGUAGAGUAUGGAAUGAAUUACAAUGUAGUCGAGAUAAUAUUAUGUAUAUGUAAUGUACUUGGGCUGUUUAUAAUAUUUGUUUCUAGGUAUCUCCGAAUAUAUAGUCUGGCAAUUAGAACGUGAUGAUAGUAUUAAAGGUUACUUGGCGAACAAAAGGUGCAUUCUUUUAUUAAGUCUGAUGUUUUCUGGACAAUUGUAAUUGUAUGCCAUGUCAUUUUGGUUGUUUAUCUUUUAAUUUUGACCGGAAGCUUGGUGACCCGUGUCUGAAACAAGUAUCAUACUACUGAUAUAUGAUAUGUGCAUUCGACUCGUAAUAAUGAUAUUUAGUUUAUAAGUAUAAGUUUAAAA